AUGAUGGGGCAGCCAGGAAACAGAGGGGCAGAGUAAGUGAACUCCGUGCCCCUACCCCAGUCCUCUGACAUCUUGGGAAACAGUAGCCCAGAGGUGUAGGAAGAUGCUGACUUAAAUGUUCCCGGGCACCCCAGUCUGGCCAACAUGGCUGAAAUACACACUCCAUAUUCUUCCUUGAAGAAAACGUUAUCUUUACUGAAUGGCUUCGUGACUGUGUCUGGCAUAAUCCUCAUUGGCCUGGGCCUCAGUGUCAAGUAUGGAGAGGCCACCCUGACGAGGGUCCUUGGAUUGUCUUCUGCGUACCUCUUUCACUUUGGUUACCUGUGCCUGGUCAUAGGCUGCAUCACAGUCCUGCUUGGUCUCGCGGGGUGGUAUGGAGCUACGAAAGAAAGCAGAAGCACUCUCUUUUUUUGUUUCCUGCUCAUGAUUAUCAUUCUCAUCCUGGAAAUCACGGCGGCUGCGGUGGUCCUCGCUCUCUUCCGCAUGGUUCGAGAAGUGGCCUUGGAGCACACCUUCAUGACUCUGAGGAAGAAUUACAGAGGUUACAACGAGCCAGAUGACUAUUCUGAACAGUGGAACUUGGUCAUGGAGAAGUUAAAGUGCUGUGGGGUGAAUAACUACACGGAUUUUUCUGGCUCUUCCUUUGAAAUGUCAACUGGCCACACCUACCCAAGGGGCUGCUGCAUAUCCAUAGGAGCUGCAGCCUGUGACGGGCACACAGUGUCCAAAGAUGUCAUCCACCAGAAGGGCUGUUUCCACAAGCUCCUGAAGAUAACCCAGACCCAGAGCUUUACCCUGAGUGGGUUCUCCCUGGGGGCAGCAGUGAUACAGCUGCCGGGAAUCCUCGCCACCCUGCUGCUCUUCAUCAAGCUGGGCUGACACACAACCAUGGACAAGACGGGAAACGUGGGCCCGCCUGGCUUCUGGAGAUUGGGACUCAUUUUUAUUUCUCUGUGGCCCUCACUGCUUUCGGGAGCAAGAUGGAUAAUAAAGAAUUCAGAAAACCCCCACCCA